AUGGCUGCGUGUGUCUAUGACAAGGACUCACCUGGCCGGAAAACGACCGUGGGGCCCCGAGAUACGUCAGGCCAAUGGCAUACUGCCAACCGCCGCAAACGAGCCGCCUCGCUGCUGCUGGCUGAAGAACCGACGCAACGGGAGAGUCAGGCGACGCAGACCGCAACGGAACGAACACCGUCGUCUGAGGACGCUGGAGAUCCCGUGUUUGCAGCCUCCGGGCCGUCUCAGGAAGAGUCAAGUGGACCGCGUGACAAGGCUAUACUGGACGGAAAAGCGACGCACAUAUGUAUGACAGACUCUGGGAAGCAGGGAGGAUCUUCGCGAUCAACAAGGGAUUGCAUUAAAGAUACAGUACCAUUGACAACGGCUGGCGAUACCGGAAUCGGUGCUAGUGACGGCGACGCUGACUCGGAUAUGUCGGACGAUUUGCUGGAACAAGUCGGGUCCAUUGCUGUGCUGUCUUCGAUUGCUGCAUCUUUACAGAAACGAAAGCCAAGAGACAAGGGUAACGUGACAAUUUGCAAGCCGUGCGGGCCUCGUCGAUCGUCAUUGGCUCUUUCUAGUCAUGACGAUAUUGACAGCAGUGGUGGUGAGACUGAGAUUGAAGGUGAGCCAAACGAAGAGUCACCUCUACAGAUCGAAACACAUCCAGAAGAGAAGAAAAUGUGCUCGAAGGGAAGAAUGCCGGUGCAUCUGGCCAGAGGUGGUAGCUGUGCGAACGUAGGCUUGAAGAAGAAUUCGCCUAGCUCAGAAAGGAAAAAUAUGGGACGGUUUAUUGCGACGCCUAAAACGACAGACAAGCUGACUUCCCUAUCUGGUGGCCCGCAUUGUGAGCAACGUGGGGCUACUGGAGACAGUCACUCGGAAACAAAACGAUUUCGCCGUGACGAGGACGGAAUGGCCCGACAAAGCUUGGACCGGGCACUGUCGUCGAAGAAGUCGGAUGGAAGGGAACGCAGCGACGGAGGUGUACGAUACGAAGAUGCAAAAGCAUCCCGUGGUUGCUUGGAGGUUGCCAACGAUGAUACACAAGACAUUUCAGCUGCAAAGGGCGGCCAGCUUGACAAAUUGUCGACUUCAUCGUCCUUUUUGGCAUCACGCUCGCCGCACGAGACACGUAAGUCGGGCCAAGGCAGGAAGCGCACUCACGGUUUGGGAGGACAAGCUCAAAUCGGGUCGAUUCGCAUUCUUCUGACGGGGAUCGAGCUGACUGCUGCAAUUGGCAAGAAGAUCAAGUCAAUCGCCGGUGCUGUUUACGAGAGUGAUAUCGAGAAAGCUACGCAUCUGGUUGCUCCCCAGAAUCAGCUUAAGCGCACCUUGAAAUUGCUGUGUGGCAUUUCAUGUUGUGCACAUAUUCUAGGCGAGCAGUGGCUUGACCAGUCAGCACAAGCUGGCGUGGCUGUUGAUGAGCAAGCGAACUGCCUACGGGAUGUGGAAGCAGAGAGCAAGUGGCAAUUUGAUCUGAGAACGACUAUGUACGGCGUGGCCGUGGAACAUCGUCGGCGUUUAUUUGCAAGCUACAGCGUGUUUAUCACCAAGCACAAGUCCUUGCUACCACCGGUGGAACUCUUGGUGAAGAUUGUACGGUGCGCGGGUGGCAAAGCGACGUCAAAAGGAAAGCCUGGGCCAAGUGACAUUGUGAUCUCGAGUGAGGCGGCAUUGGCUACCGCCACGGUGCUCAAGCAGCUCGUGGGUAGUAAUCUUGAGCGUAUUUACUCGUCCGAGUUCAUUCUACGAAGCAUCUUGCAGCAGCGCGUUGAGCUGGACAAGUACCGACUCCAAGUUCCCGAAAGCAGGAAGAGCAAACGCCGGUAA